AUGUAUGUUGCAUUUUUUUUUCGAAGAAAGAAAAAUUUAGAGCGGCAUUGUGCUAACCAUGACCAUGAAAGACCAAAUCCGGCUGGAUGUGGUGUAUGUGGUAAACUUUACAAAAUAAAAACUUUAAGACAUCACAUCCAAUCACAUUAUCAUAAGAAACGUUUUAACUGUGAGGUUUGUGAUAGAUCAUUCAAUGAAAAACAUGUUUUAGAAUUCCACACCAGGAUGCAUACAGGAUCUAAACCGUAUGAAUGUCACAUAUGUCAUAAACGAUUUUCUUCUAAACCUAUACUUCACAUGCGACUGCAUAGUGGAGAGAAACCCUAUGAAUGCGAUAUACGUGGUAAACGCUUCAAUAUCGUUAAAAAUAUGCGUCGACAUUUAAUAAUACAUACAGGACUAAAACCAUAUCAAUGUGAAGUGUGUGAAAAAUCGUUCAACGACCCAGGAGCAUUAAAAACUCAUAAAAGAAUUCAUACAGGAGAGACACCAUACGCCUGUGACGUGUGUGAUAAAAUGUUUAGAACAAGUUGUGAUCUGACAAGACACAGGCAUAUUCAUUCCGGAUAUAAACCAUUCAAAUGUCAUGUUUGUGGUAAAUGUUUCCAGCAGAGAUAUAAUUUACGAAGUCAUUUAGAAAUUCAUACUGGUUAUAUCAAAGACUUUAAAUGUGACGUAUGUUGUAAAUCAUUUAGAACGAAGGGUACUCUGAAAAUUCAUAUGAAAACACAUACUGGAGAAAAACCAUUUAAAUGUCCUAAGUGUCCAAAGCGAUUUAGUACUACUUCCUCUUUAAGUCUUCAUGAUAUAGUUCAUACUCAAGAGAAACCAUUCAGUUGUAAUGAAUGUGGUAGAGCGUUUAGUUUACGGAGUAACAUGACACGUCAUAUAAGAACACAUACAGGAGAAACACCUUAUAAAUGUUUGAUUUGCAACAAGCAAUUUACAAAUCCAAAUGGUGUUCUUUAUCAUGAACAAAUGCAUAAAGGAGAAAAACCCUAUAAGUGUCAUGUUUGUGAUAAGUCAUUCCAAUCCAAUAGUCAAGUACGACAACAUUUGCACAGAAACCAUUAUGACGAGAAGCGUUUUAAAUGCAGCGUUUGUGAAAAAUCUUUCAAAUCAAAUACCGAACUUAAAGCACAUUCAAAAACUCAUAGUCAUGUAAAAGAUUAUAAAUGUGAAGUCUGUUAUAAAUCGUUUAAACACAGGAGCAGUAUACUCCUGCAUAUGAAGUCGCAUGUUGGUGAUAAACAGUACAAAUGUGAUGUUUGUUAUAGGCAAUUUACAUCUUCUAGAGAAAGAAAUGUUCACAUGGGAUGCCAUACCGGAGAUAAGUCUGAAUGCAAUAUAUGUGAGAAACAAUUUUCUUCAAAAUCUGGCUUAUCGCGUCAUAUGAAACAUGUUCAUGACAAAUGCGACUCAAAAAAUUGUUGA